GAAAAUUGGACGCGGAGAUCAGGUUGUGAUAGCGCACGAUUCGAAACGGAUCUUUAAUCCCGAGAUGUCUCCCGCGGUUCAUGGCAAAGAUGGGGUUGGUGAGGGGUACAACCUGCUAUCUUCAGUACCCUCAGAUCUAAACCGCCGAUCAGGAACAAUUGUGGCAAAGUUGCCGUUCAAUCCAUGGUAACACAUGAAGUUGUCGUUCGAAAUGAACAAUCUCAUAAACUUCUCGAAUUCUAUUGCGAGAGACAAGCCUCCCAAAGCUGGAUUUGUUUCUAAAGUUCCCGAGCCGUCGUGGAGUAGCACUGUAUCAACUUCGUCAAAAGAAGGUUUCGCCGACGAGAUAGGGCCAGUUCCCGACUGCAGCCUUAUCUAGGGUUGCGUAGACGGGGCCAUUUAUCCUUAAGCUUGGCCGAAUCUUUUGUCGAAGUGCUGUCCCGAUUUCAUCUGCUCCAUCAUCCCACCACAUUUUUCAAGCAUUACGAUGGCAGACGAGGAGAAGAAAGCAGUUCCAGGAGCGGAUAAUAUCUCUCCAAUUGAGAGAGGUGAAGCCAACGACUUUCGAGACGCGGAAAAAAUUGGAGAUAUUGGUUUCGACCUUUUUCAACAAUCACAUCAAUAUGACCCCGCUCAACUCGAGAGAGAUGCUAUCAAAGUUCGAAGGAAAUUGGACUUCAUUGUCCUUCCAAUGAUGAUGAUGACAUAUAUGUUAAGUUUUCUUGACAAGCAAACAUUGAAUUACUCAAAUGCAUACGGUCUCCAAGCCGAUACUCAUAUGAAAGGAAUUGAUUACUCCUGGGUUUCAUCUGCACUUUACUUUGGAUGGUUGGUCGGAGCAUACCCUUGGAAUUUGGCUCUUCAACGGUUCCCUAUCGGAAGAUUGAUGGGCUGCAUGCUAUUUGUCUGGGGUGCGGUGUGUAUGCUCCAAGCUGCAGUAUUCAAUUUCUCAGGCUUCUUCGCUGUUCGAUUCUUUCUGGGUAUGCUGGAAGCAUGCAUUUCUCCGGCAUGGGUACUUUUGACCUCCAUGCUUUGGACACGAGAAGAGCAGCCGCUGCGAACUUCUUUCUGGUUGUCAGUGAAUGGUGUAUCUUCGAUUAUUGGAGCUUUGUUAUCGUUUGGGCUUGGUCAUGUUGACAAUUUGGCUGUACCAAAUUGGAAACUGAUUUAUCUGGUCGUUGGAGCAAUAACCUUCGCAUGGGGGUUUGUCAUUCUACUCUACCUGCCCGACGGACCUCACAACGCCAAAAUGCUCACAGAAUACGAGCGGGUGGUGGCUGUCUGGAGAGUUUCCAAAAACAGAACAGGUGUUAAAGAUCCCAAGAUCCUCCGUUACCAGAUCAAGGAAGCUCUUUUCGAUGUGAAGACCUGGUUGCUACUCAUCGGCGCUGCUUGUGUUGGCAUCCUCAAUGGUGGGGUCACCAAUUUUGCCAGUUCUCUGAUCAAAGGCUUUGGCUUCAAUCCUCUCAAGACAAGUCUGUUGCAAACACCUGGUGGUGCAUUUGAACUGGUCUUUGUGAUCCUGUUGGGCUAUCUUGCAACUGUCAAGAAUAUGCUUGGGGCAACUAUUAUCAUUGCUUGUAUCCCUGGUAUAGCUGGCCUGGUUGGCAUCAUGAAAAUCAGCCUUGCACAUCGAUAUGCCCUCGUAGCUUGCACAUGGCUGCAAGGCAUUCUUGGCUCUCCUAUCGUGCUCAUGUGGACACUACCCGCUCUGAACUGUGCUGGGCAUUCCAAGCGUGCUACUCAACUUGGUCUCUUCUUUGUGAUAUAUUGCGCAGGAAACAUAGCUGGUCCACAUCUCUUCUUUGCAGAUGAGGCUCCACGAUAUCUCUCCGCCAUCAAAGGUUUACUCAUUGCGUAUUGUAUCGCGGCAUUCGUGCAGAUUCUGUACACCACGCUAUGCUGGAUGGAGAAUAAGAAGAGAGACAGAAGAGGGUUGCAUGCAGAUGAGGAGGCUGAGGCGCUUGAAGGUUUCGGAGAUUUGACAGACAAGGAGAAUCUGCACUUCAGAUACUCGAUCUGAAACUGGUGAGAGAAAUCUCGGGGAGAGUGUCGAGCCUCCUCUUUGAGAGAGAAAUAAACAUCUCAAUCGUGUGAAUUAUUUCUACAGAGCCGUCAAGUGACCACCUUCAUUCUCCAGUGAUCCUCACGAAGAGAACUUCCCCUUUUGUACUACCAAAAGUAUCGUGCGGUGGUGGAUCUGGGCGCUCUUUGUGGCGUGUGGCUUGCAGCAAUCGGCGAUCUGUUUAAUAAAAACCUGAGUAGUUAAAAAG